GAUGCUGUUAAGGGCAACAACUUUGCACAUUCAAAUGCAUCUUGUCGUGAAAUUUGGACAGAGUACCAUGAAUUGGGGUGGGGAGGAAUCAAGGCAGUUGCUGAUUACAAAGUGUAUACAGCUGGUUCUAUUUUGGAUCUUCUUCACUUUGUUGCUCCUAAGAUGAUGCAGCGUGGAAGUGCUCAUUUUUCAUAUGGGAUUGCUGAUAAUCUGGAUGACCCAAAAUAUGAGCACUACAAAUAUUGGUCGAACCCAUUGGAAACAAAAUUACCAAAUGCUCCUGAUAUGGAGAUGUAUUCUAUGUAUGGAGUAGGAAUCCCUACUGAAAGAGCUUAUGUUUACAAAUUAGCCCCCUCAGCUGAGUGCAACAUCCCUUUCCAGAUUGAUACUUCAGCUGAGGGUGGACAAGAUGGGAGCUGUUUGCAAGGUGGUGUAUACUUAGUUAAUGGAGAUGAGACUGUGCCAGUUCUAAGUGCAGGCUACAUGUGUGCAAAAGGAUGGCGUGGGAAAACUAGGUUCAAUCCUUCUGGUAUCAAGACUUACGUGAGGGAGUAUGAUCAUGCCCCUCCUGCUAAUCUCUUGGAAGGCCGAGGUACCCAGAGUGGUGCACAUGUUGAUAUUAUGGGCAACUUUGCUUUGAUUGAGGAUAUUGUCAGAGUGGCAGCAGGUGCGACCGGAGAGGACUUGGGUGGCGAUCAAGUUUAUUCGGAUAUAUUUAAAUGGUCAGAAAAGAUCAAGUUACGGCUCUGAAUUCAGCUGAGGAUUUGAAGCUGUAACUUCCCUGGAACUGAGAAGCAAAGAACUGAAACCAAUAGUUCUCUGUGCCACUUGCUGGUAUUCUUAUGUGCCACCAGAUCGACUUGUGCAUAGUUUAUCUCAUACCUAAAAGAUCACGUUUCUAAGAAUUUUGUUCUGAUUUUGCAUUCUAUCUCUAUUUAUUCUAUUUUUUUAAAAGAUAUACAUGAGAACAGCUAAUUGUACUGUACAACGUAAUUGGUUUAUUCUAACUUUUAAAAUUAAAUCAUAACCAUGAGGACAGCUAAAAUGUAAGGCAAGCGUGGUGCAUCUCGUGGACGUGGUAA